AUGGCAUCUAUUACUUUACAACAAAAACAAGCACUCAUUAGCGAAAUUUCACCAUCAGUAGACACUCUAUGCCUCAAAGAUCAUAAAGAGGCAGUCAGUAAUCGCUGUUGCCGUGGCUGUUUUCAAGGACUUAGCUAUCGGCCGCGACAAGCAAGUAACAAUGGCAAUGAAGGCCUUCUCAUGCAUCAACAAGAAGAGACUAAAAAAGAUGGUUGGUUGGUAGAAAAAGUGAAGAAAUUAAAAGAGAUAGCAGAAGUUUUGGCAGAGCCAAAGUGGAAGAACUAUAUUGGCAAGUUACGCAAUAACAAGAAAAAAACAAGAAUGCAGUAUAAAUAUGAUCUUCGAAGUUAUGCACUUAACUUUGAUGAUGGGAUUGAUAGGGAAGUAGAUGCUGAAUAUCCUGAUUUUUUGGCUAGGUAUAUUGCUCCGGUUGGGAUUAGAAAAGGAGAGUCUACAUAUGGUUCUACUGAAAUUAAUAUACAAAAUCCCGUCUUGGCCGAUCUUUUCAUUGUUUUGGUCAUGCAAGAAAUUAAGGGGAAAGAUUCAGGGACUCCUACUUACCAAAUCCAAGUGGUUAGAAUUCAAGCCUCUCCCAUGCAACCCACUAAGUGGUUUGGGUUUAGGCCCCUUCUAUUGCCAAAAAAGAAAUAUGUCAAAGAAGUGGACAACCCAAGAGAAAUAUCAGAUACUCCAUGCCUCAUUAGGGCAGUUCAGUAA